CUGACCCCCAGGUCCCCGCCAGUGUCACCCCCAGUGCUGGGGGCCCGAGUGGGAGGUGCUGGGGGUUCCGGGGGGUGCAGAGCUCCCCGGCAGGAUCAGGCCCGGUGGUCCCUGCCCACGAGCAGAGGGGGGGCCGUGCUCCAGCCCCUCGGGCACCAGGGACGGUUGGGAUCGGGGUGCUGCUGGGCCAUGGGGUCACCCCAAAGAGCCCCCCGGUUCCGUGAGGGUCUGUCCAGCCCAGCCCCUCAGCUCAGUGCCCCACGGCAGGGCUGUGAGUUCGGGGGCACUUUCGGCUGUGCCGUGGACAAGUGGGAUGGACAGGUGGAACAAGUGGGAUGGGACAGGUGGGACAGGCAGGUGAGCCAGGCGGGAUGGGACCGGUGGGACAGCGUGGGACCAUUGCCAGCCCCGGCCAAGGCUGGACGUUCCCACGCGCCAGCUCAGCCCCGGCCCCCGCUGCAGCCCCAGCCCCCGGGCGCUGGUGACGCUCCCAGCAUGGUGGGAUCCAAGGAGCCCACGGUGGGAUGAGCUCCUUGGCUGCCCGAGCCCGCGGGGAUGGGCUCCUCCAGCUGCCAGCCUCGCCUGCCUCUGGGUCUGGGGACAUGCCGGGGGUUUGGGGCUGCUCUGCGGGGUCUGGAUGCCCCAGUGCCCUGGGAUGGGGAUGGAGCGGCCGUGGGAAGGGGUCGGUUCCCCCGGAGAUGCUCAGGGAUGCAGCAGCUGCCGUGCCCAGGGCAGCCACCAGUACGGGGCUGUCUGGGGCACUUUGCUGUCCCCUUCCUGAACUGGGGUGCCAGGAGUGCAGCUGACUGGGGACAGUCCUAAAGCAGUGCUCAGGCCCCCUUCCCUCCCCUCCUUCCCACUCAUCCUGUCACUGGGCACCUUUGGAAACCCUGUCCCGUGCUGGGAUUAAUGUCCCCAAGGCUCUGUGAGGGUCCCACACGCCCUGGGGACCCUCGUGGGACAGAGCUGGUGCUGCCACCCCUGCGCUGCACCGGGGGAACUGGAGCAGGGCCCAGCCCGGGGCUCAGCACCGGUGACUCUUUGUGCCACCUCCUUUCACACCCCGGGGCUGCAUCACUGGGGGGACACUGGGGACAUUGCCCGGAUCCAGGUGUCCCCUGUGGGUGGACACUGAGGUUUGGCAGCGUGAGGGUGGCUGGGGGGUCUCUGACCCACUGCCCACCGCCCACAGCCCACAGCUGUGCCACGCUCCUUUUCUCCACUCCCCAGUGCAUCCCUGGGGUGGGAAUGGCACAGAGGGAUGGCACAGCGUGGGACGGGGUGGCAGGGAGUGACAGGGGUGACAGGACACCAGCAGCACGGCCUGUGUGUGAAAGGGCACCUCUGUACCUCACCAGAGAGCCCAGCUGGGCGCUCCAGGUGCCACCGUGACCUCACCGGGUCAGCGAGUGCCCUGCAGAGCUGCUCCCGCUGCCCGGGCGGGCCGGGGGGGUCCCUGCCCAGCGAGCCCCCCCGGCAGCCUCGGCAGCAGCUGCGGUGCCGGUGGCCGCGCUCGGCCAUAUGGCCACGGCGGGCGGCCGGUAAAAAUAGCCGAGGCACUGCACCCCGCGCCGGCCGGCAAGGGCGUCCCAAGGGCAGCGAGCCCAGCGCCCGGCCGGGGCUGAUCUCGGGGGGCCACACGGGGGUGACGCCUCCCUGUGCCCCCGCAGCGAGCGCGGGGCAAGAUGCCGGAGCAGAGCAACGAUUACCGCGUGGUGGUGUUCGGAGCCGGCGGCGUGGGCAAGAGCUCGCUGGUGCUGCGCUUCGUCAAGGGGACCUUCCGCGACACCUACAUCCCCACCAUCGAGGACACCUACCGGCAGGUGAUCAGCUGCGACAAGAGCGUGUGCACCCUGCAGAUCACCGACACCACCGGCAGCCACCAGUUCCCGGCCAUGCAGCGCCUGUCCAUCUCCAAGGGCCAUGCCUUCAUCCUGGUCUUCUCGGUCACCAGCAAGCAGUCGCUGGAGGAGCUGAAGCCCAUCUACCAGCAGAUCGUGCAGAUCAAGGGCAGCGUGGAGAGCAUCCCCAUCAUGCUGGUGGGCAACAAGUGCGACGAGACGCAGCGCGAGGUGGAGAGCAGGGAGGGGGAGGCCAUGGCCAAGGAGUGGAAGUGCGCCUUCAUGGAGACCUCGGCCAAGAUGAACUACAACGUCAAGGAGCUCUUCCAGGAGCUGCUGAACCUGGAGAAGAGGAGGAACGUCAGCCUCACCAUCGACGGGAAGCGCUCCAGCAAGCAGAAGAGGACAGACAAAAUCAAGGGGAAGUGCAGCAUCAUGUAGAGCCCCGGACUGGCCCGCGCCCCCCCUCCGGAUACCCGCACCCCCCUCCUCCCCCCCGCGGCUGGACGUGGCAGUGGCACCGCAGCGGGACCGUCCCCUCGUCCUCCGUGUGCCAUCACUGUGACUGUGCGGGGACGCCAGCGCUCGGCCCGGGGCCGGGGGUGAAGACGGGGCCGAGGUGAGGGACACGCGGCCACC